GUAGUGCUAAUUGGAGACUCUGGAGUUGGUAAAUCAAAUCUUCUUAGUCGGUUUACCCGCAAUGAGUUCAACCUUGACUCAAAGUCUACGAUCGGUGUUGAGUUUGCAACUCGAUCUAUCCAAGUAGACGCAAAGACAAUCAAGGCUCAGAUCUGGGAUACUGCUGGUCAGGAGAGAUAUCGGGCUAUUACAUCUGCCUAUUAUCGAGGGGCUGUUGGUGCACUACUUGUCUACGAUAUCAGCAAACACCAAACCUACGAGAACGUUACAAGAUGGCUGAAAGAACUAAGAGAUCACGCUGACUCUAACAUCGUUAUCAUGCUGGUUGGAAACAAAAGUGAUUUGAGACAUCUUCGAGCCGUGCCUACUGAUGAAGCCAAAGCAUUUGCCAGCGAAAACAACCUAUCUUUCAUUGAAACGUCUGCCUUAGAUGCAAGCAAUGUCGAACUUGCUUUUCAGAACAUACUUACAGAAAUUUACCGAAUUGUAUCCCAAAAAGCGUUAGAUAAUGGUGAUUCAGCACAAGCAAAUAUCAGCGCAGGAACAAAUAUUUCGCUCAGCAAGACCGCAGAAGAAGGCACUGCAAAGACUGGAAAAUGUUGCUGA